AUGGUUGUCAUCUUGCGCGUGGCGACCAUGUGCGCCGUCUUCCGGGAGAUUCUGCCUCCGGAUAUCGAACAGGCCAUGUUCGUUGGCACGCGGAACCUGCGGCGGUUCAGCAUCAGCGUGAGAGAGUUUGAGUGGCAUCUGGGAGUCCUGGACAGGCUCGAAGCGGCCUGCAAGAACAGGAUGGCGGCGUAG